UUGCAGAAAUACGAGGAGGAGAAGGAGGAGAUGACACGUCCCCCAGUUACAAGACGGGCACCAGUACCUCUUCCACAGGAUAUUACCAAAGAGAUGAGCUCCAGAGUAGUUCAGAUGAGAGAGAAAUGCUCAAAAUUCGGCCUGGACAAGAGAGGGGCAAAGAAGUACCUGAAACCGAACCCCUGGGAGUACUACAUCAACAAGAAAUUCCACCUC